CAAACACGGCCCUAUAAAAUCAUUCCCGGUAUCCGGCGAAAACGAAAAUCGGAAUCCUUAAUCUGAAUCUCUCUGGUUGUCUCUUGUCCCGCCAUACCGCCGAUCGAUUUGGAGAUGCAAUCCGUGGUGCUAAACCCCACCGGUUACUGCCGAGCGCAACAAACCCUAGAACCCUCCUCUUCUCGCCCAUCUACAACCAAGAGCCUGAGCUUCUUUGGAACCCGAGUCUCCCCGGUGGACGGGCUUAAUCUAGUGUUGCGCAUCCGGUCUCGAUCACCUGCUAUCAACCGCCGGAAAAUUGUUAUGGCGGUGGCCACGCCCGAUUCAUCAUUGGAGUUGCCGCUGACGGCGGAGAGUGUAGAGAGUGUGUUGGAUGAAGUUCGACCCUAUCUCAUUGCAGACGGGGGGAACGUUGCAUUACACGAGAUUGAUGGUAAUGUUGUAAGAUUGAAGCUACAGGGAGCCUGCGGCUCCUGUCCGAGUUCGGUCAUGACGAUGAAGAUGGGUAUUGAGAAACGUUUAAUGGAGAAGAUCCCGGAAAUUGUUGCAGUGGAGCCAAUAACUGAUGAAGAGACUGGCCUUGAGCUGAAUGAAGAAAAUAUAGAGAAGGUACUUGAAGAAAUUAGGCCAUACCUUGUUGGGGCAGCUGGUGGCUCUCUGGAAUUAGUUGCCAUCGAGGAGCCAAUAGUGAAAAUUCGUAUAUCAGGUCCGGCAGCAUCAGUCAUGACCGUUAGAGUGGCUGUUACUCAAAAAUUGCGAGAGAAAAUCCCAGCCAUUGCAGCAGUUCAACUUCUGUAAUAUGAAUAUACAUCCUUUUUUACUCAUUGAUAUUUCGAAGGUAAAAAAUUAUUUAAUAAAACUUGUAAAACCCUUAUAAAUAGUUAUUAGUAUCAUGGCGUACGGCUCAUUCAUUCAGUUGGAUGCCAUUACUGUGAUACUUUUGAAAGUUCCAUAACGUGGCUUUUUUUCUUUUUUUCUUUUUUCUUUUUUUAAAUUAUUUUUAUCUGUUAUGAUGAACUGGUAUUUUCAAUUCAAGGUAAAUACAAAAGGCUGAAAAUA